GAAGACGGAGACUCGGAGGCGGAGCGUGAGACGCGGCGCGUGACGGCCGUGGCGGUGAUGGCUGCCGAGCCGGGGCACAUGGACAUGGGCGCCGAGGCCCUGCCUGGUCCCGACGAGGCCGCCGCCGCCGCCGCCUUCGCAGAGGUGACCACGGUGACGGUAGCCAACGUGGGUGCGUCCGCGGACAACGUCUUCACUACGUCUGUGGCGAACGCAGCGUCCAUCUCAGGACACGUUUUGUCGGGCAGGACAGCCCUUCAGAUUGGGGACAGUCUGAACACGGAGAAGGCCACCCUGAUUGUCGUCCACACAGAUGGGAGCAUUGUUGAAACCACCGGGCUGAAAGGGCCAGCGGCCCCUCUUACCCCAGGCCCUCAGUCUCCUCCAACCCCUCUGGUCCCUGGCCAAGAAAAAGGGGGGACCAAGUACAACUGGGACCCCUCGGUGUACGACAGUGAGCUCCCUGUGCGGUGUCGGAACAUCAGCGGCACCCUGUACAAGAGCAGGCUCGGCUCAGGGGGCCGGGGCCGUUGCAUCAAGCAGGGAGAGAACUGGUACAGUCCAACGGAAUUUGAAGCCAUGGCAGGAAGAGCCAGCAGUAAGGACUGGAAAAGGAGCAUCCGUUAUGCAGGAAGACCCCUACAGUGCCUCAUUCAGGACGGAAUCUUGAACCCUCAUGCUGCCUCCUGCACCUGUGCUGCUUGCUGUGACGACAUGACCUUAAGUGGGCCUGUCAGGCUAUUUGUACCAUACAAACGGCGCAAGAAGGAAAAUGAGAUGCCCACGACCCCGGUCAAGAAGGAUUCUCCUAAAAACAUCACACUGCUCCCAGCUACGGCUGCCACUACCUUCACCGUGACCCCCUCAGGCCAGAUCACUACCUCUGGUGCGCUGACCUUCGACCGGGCAUCCACUGUGGAGGCCACGGCUGUCAUAUCAGAGAGUCCAGCCCAGGGCGACGUCUUCGCUGGAGCCACAGUGCAAGAAGCAGGCGUGCAGCCCCCAUGCAGGGUCAGCCACCCAGAGCCCCACUACCCUGGCUAUCAGGACAGCUGUCAGAUGGCGCCGUUCCCAGAAGCUGCCUUGCCCACGUCUCAUCCCAAGAUAGUGUUGGCAUCGUUGCCUGCCCUGGCGGUCCCACCCUCCACCCCCACCAAAGCCAUGUCCCCCACAGUGGCCAGUGGGCUGGAGAUGUCGGAGCAGCGGAGCUGGCUGUACCUGGAAGAGAUGGUUACCUCCCUGCUCAACACGGCACAGCAGCUGAAGGCCCUGUUUGAACAGGCCAAACAGGCUAGCUCCUACCGAGAAGCCGCCGCGGCCCACGCCAAGGUCCAGGCGGACACAGAGAGAAAAGAGCAGUCUUGCGUCAACUGUGGCCGGGAGGCCCUGAGCGAGUGCACCGGCUGCCACAAGGUCAACUACUGCUCCACGUUCUGUCAGCGCAAGGACUGGAAAGACCACCAGCACGUGUGUGGCCAGUCGGCAGCGGUCACUGUCCAGGCGGAUGAGGUCCACGUUGAUGAGGGCGUCAUUGAGAAAGUCACCGUGUGAGGGACCUCCGG